UAUGGCGUUAUAGAUUUGGAUUUUAGAUUUUGUAGUCGAAGUGCAUUAAAACUUUGUGAAUGGCGCUUAACGCUUGGGUUACAGAUCGCCUCCAUGAUGUGCUCGGUUUCUCCGACAAGCAUACUGUCGAAUACCUUGUCAGUCUUGGUCAAAGCACGAAAACGUCGGCAUUAUUUCGUGAAAAACUGCAAGCCUUUUUAGGUCCCUUGAAUAGCGAUGCAGUCAGCUUUGCCAAUGAUCUAUGGGAGCGAGUUCCUCGCGAAGAGGUUAGAGAGAAUCCAAAUCGCAUACGCGAAAGAGAAAUUGUUGCACAACAAAAGAGGAACAUGUCAUAUCAAUUGUUGUCUGAUGAUGACAGUGAUGAGGAAGUUGCGUCUACUAAGUCAAAGUUGAAUGAUCGGAAGUCGGCUAAACGUCGCAAACAUUUACGUAGGAAGGCAGACAUAUCCGAAUCGAGUGAGGAAGAGGUAAUGGUGACUAAGGAAGCUGAAAUUGAAUCUGGUGAUGAAUGGGAGAAAGAUGAAAAAGAAAGAAUUAAAGAUAUUCAAGAAAGAGACGAGUUUUCCGCAAGAAUGAAAGAGAAAGAUAAAGAGAAACAGAGAAAUGUCAUGGAACGCUCCGAUAAAAAGGCUUUUGAAGAAGCAAGGAAAAGAUUGAACCUUGAUGAAGAAGAUAGAAAGAAAAUGUUACCAAAGCUUCGAGAGAAAUCUAGACGUGACUAUGUAAAGAAACGUCAGGUUGAUCAACUUGAGAUGCUGCAAGAUGACAUCCAGGACGAUGAAUAUUUGUUUGGGGACUCAAAUUUAAGCAAAAGCGAGAAGAAAGAACUGGAAUAUAAAAAAACAGUUUUGAAUUUGGCCAAAGAUUACAAAAAAGCUGGAGACUUAGAGAAAGUUGACAGGUAUUCAAUGCCAAAAGAGGGAGCAAAACCGUCCAAAUAUGACGAUGAAAUUAUAAUGGAAGAACUUGGUCCUAACUAUGAACAAAAACAAUGGGAAGAGGAGAAAAUUGGACAGGCUAAGAUGAAAUUUGGUGCAAAAGAUGCCAAAUCUAAGAACAAGACGAGAGAUUAUGAUCUAAUGGUUGAAGAAGAAGAACAAAUUGCUUUUGUGUUAGCCGAAAAUGUUCCAGGAACAAUAAUGGAAAAGGAACCAGAAUUAUCAGAGCAUCAAAAAAAGAGAAUGACCAUUGAGGAGACAAGGAAAAGUUUGCCAAUUUACUCAUAUAGACAAAGUUUACUUGAUGCCAUCAAAGAUCAUCAGGUUUUGAUAAUUGAAGGAGAGACAGGUUCAGGAAAAACAACACAAAUCCCACAAUAUCUCUACGAAGAUGGCUACACAGCAAAGAAAAUGAAGAUCGGAUGCACUCAACCACGUCGUGUUGCCGCCAUGAGCGUAGCUGCUCGCGUGUCUGAAGAGAUUGGAAGCAAACUGGGUAAUGAGGUAGGAUACAGUAUCAGAUUUGAAGACUGCUGCUCCGAGCGAACAGUUAUUAAGUAUAUGACGGAUGGUAUGCUCUUGAGAGAGUUUCUCAGCGAACCUGAUCUUGCAAGUUACAGCGUUAUGAUCAUCGAUGAAGCACACGAAAGAACGCUUCAUACGGACGUUUUGUUUGGUCUUGUCAAAGAUAUCGCACGAUUUCGACCAAAACUAAAACUUCUCAUUUCAAGUGCAACUUUAGAUGCUGAAAAGUUUUCUAGCUUUUUUGAUGAUGCUCCAAUAUUUCGAAUUCCUGGUCGACGUUUUCCUGUUGAUAUCUACUACACUAAGGCUCCGGAAGCUGACUAUCUUGACGCGGUCGUGGUGAGCGUUCUUCAGAUACACCUUACUCAACCCGAUGGUGACAUUCUGGUGUUUCUAACUGGCCAAGAAGAAAUUGAAGCUUCAUUUGAAAUCUUGACUGAGAGAACGCGUAAACUGGGCUCGAAGAUCAAGGAGCUCAUCAUUUUACCAAUAUACGCAAAUCUACCAUCUGAUAUGCAGGCAAAAAUAUUCGAGCCCACUCCCCCCGGAGCUAGAAAGGUAGUCUUAGCGACCAACAUUGCCGAAACAUCACUGACAAUUGAUGGCAUCAUCUACGUCAUUGACCCUGGUUUUUGUAAACAAAAAAGUUACAACCCCAGAACUGGUAUGGAAUCUUUGGUUGUCACUCCAGUAUCGAAGGCUUCAGCCAAUCAGCGAGCGGGACGUGCAGGUCGUGUGGCAGCUGGAAAGUGCUUUCGACUCUAUACGGCCUGGGCUUACAAAAACGAACUGGAAGAAAAUACAAUACCCGAGAUUCAAAGAACAAAUCUUGGAAAUGUUGUGUUGUUGCUGAAAAGUCUUGGAAUCAAUGAUCUCAUUCAUUUUGAUUUUAUGGAUCCGCCUCCAGCAGAGACUUUGAUUUUAGCUUUGGAACAACUGUAUGCAUUGGGAGCGCUCAAUCAUCAUGGUGAACUGACCAAGCUUGGUCGACGGAUGGCGGAGUUCCCUGUUGAUCCAAUGAUGUCGAAAGCUCUGAUUGCAUCCGAAAAAUACAAAUGCACUGAACAAAUACUCACAAUUGCUUCCAUGCUAUCCGUGAAUAACGCAAUAUUUUAUCGACCGAAAGACAAAGCGGUUCACGCCGAUAAUGCCCGAAAGAAUUUCUUCCGCCCGGGGGGUGAUCACCUUACUUUACUCAAUGUUUACGAACAAUGGGCAGAGACAGAUUACUCGACACAAUGGUGUUUCGAAAAUUUCAUUCAACAUCGCUCUAUGAAACGUGCAAGAGAUGUUCGAGAUCAGUUGGAAGGUCUAAUGGAGCGCGUUGAAAUUGAAAUCACUUCAAAUCCUCACGACUCUAGUGCCAUAAGAAAGGCAUACACAGCAGGAUUUUUUUAUCACACUGCUCGACUUGGAAAAGGUGGUCAAUACAGAACGGUGAAGCACCAACAGACGGUUAUGAUCCAUCCUAACAGCAGUUUAUUUGAAGAUAAACCGCGUUGGUUGAUUUAUCAUGAAUUGGUUUUUACGACAAAAGAAUUCAUGAGACAGGUAUUUGAAAUUGAAAACUCGUGGUUGCUGGAAGUUGCGCCGCACUAUUAUAAAGCAAAAGAGAUAGAGGACAGUACUAGCCAUAAAAUGCCCAAGAAAGUUGGAGCUACAAGAGAGGAGCUGAAGACGUGACAACACAAUGAAAUUUUGAGCUUGAAAGCUCGCAUUUGAAGACAACGGCAAACAACAGAUUGAACAGAAUUAGCUGCAAAAAUUAUAUUUUAUUCUCAAAUAACAAUGGUAUUUUAGCAGUUCUUAAUAUCUGCAUUGCUUUCCCCCUUCUUUUUUAAUAAAGUGAACCUUAUGUUUUCUCGUUUACCUCACGAAA